CAAGGACGACGGUAUUGUAUAGUUAUAUUCAGAGCCACAUUUGAAUGUAGUUGUCCAGGUUUGUACUCGUAAUGAUUAAAGGAUGAGUAUCCUGAAGAAUAUGGACUGGUGUGCUGGUAAAGGUGGUGGUAAAAUAUAUGAGUCGUCUGUUGAAUUUCAAGACGGCACUAAUGUUUAUGACAUAUCCAUCGCGACGAAGGUCGAAGACUAUUACUCCCUUAAAGUUCUUAUCUUUUAUGUAUAUUGUAUUCUAUAAAUUUCAGAGCGAUUUGGUUGAUUUGAUGUCAUCCUUACUAAUUAAAGAAUUCGAUGCUGAGAACAGGAAGUUAUUGGGAAUACUGAUUGAUAAGUGUCUUCGAAAAGACCCUGAAUUCAUACUCAAAGUUGCCCUUUGUUUCCAUAAAUUAUUAGAUAUUGGAAAAGCUGCUAAUAUUUUGAUUGCGAUAGCUUGUUUUUAUGAAGAAUGUCGUGUUUUUAUAGAGAAGUAUUAUAAUGCUUGCAUUUGUACGCCUUUCGAUUGGAUAGAAGUUGCUGAGUUCUAUGCAUCACUUAGCGGUGAUCUUAAACUCAAAAGAAUGCCAAAAGCAUUGAGAAAGUGUAUGGUUUCGAAAUUUGGUGAAUUUGAUCAGAAUCAACUAGCUCGUUGCAAACGAAGGUUGAGCGAUAAAUGCUUUCACAAGUCCAAGAUUAGUGGAGGAGUUGCAGGUGGUAUAAUGGUGGACAUUGCAACGGACAGUUUGCAGUCGAGACUGGUUGAUCCUUCUCCGAUAUCGUUUACAUUGAAAGACGUCGUUCGUAAAUUGCAUAUAUCAAGACCUGCGUUUAACGUCAUGUGUAUUCUUGGAAAGCUAUAUCCCGCUGAUAUUACUGCUUUUUCUAAAAUGGGUCUAGAAGGGGAUUGGGACGCUAGUAAAGGUGGUGUACGCAUGAAACUUCCUAUUCAAUCUAAAUGGAAAUUAGGACUAGCUGCAGGUAAAAGCCGUACCACUUGGGCAAAGAUCAUAAUGUCUGGCGAUCUGUGUCACGAAUCAAUUCUAACAAACUUAAAAGGUAUCCUAUGCUCACGCAUUCCUCAAGGUGGACAUGAUAUUGUUUUACAGAGAUUGUCAAAUCCGGUGAGUGUUUAUAGCUCAAGCCUUUUAUCUAUGCGGUUUAUUAUUUUAUCUUUCAGCCAUAUUAAUCCAAAACUUGAACAGCGUUUAGUGACUACUACAUUAGAGUGA